AUGCCUAUUGCUUGCAGGGGCUAUUGCGUCGGAAUUGAAUCUGAGGGGAAUGAGCUGCCGCACUACCGCGUAGUGACGGACGAUCGCACCGUCACCUGCUGGAUUCCAAGUGAGGCCGGCAAAGCAUUCUUGGUGACAUGUAUCGCGACUGAGCCCCAUGCGCAUGACUUCAAGACCGUAAGGAUCCUCGCCGACGGCCGGAGACUAACAGGGGCUGGAUCUCCCGAUGAAGAAAGUGUUUGCAUACGGUAUCGUAGGAUAUCGAGAGAGACCCGUCAGCCUUUCGUGUUUUCGUCGGUGGAAAUUGUCCCAGACGAAAGCGGUGGCACUACACCUACUACGGAAGUCUCCCCUGACCUUGGUGUCAUUGAGAUUCAGAUCUGGCCCGCUCGGCAGAGUGAAGAGAAUGGUUAUAUGCACGUUGAAAAGGCAGAUGUUCUAGACAGCGGCGUGACACUGAGCGAGAGAUCCAAGGUUCUUGCAGUCAACCAUGUGAAGCCCGGGCCUACGGAGGUCUUCGCAUUGCCAAAGUUUAACUUCAGCUACUGGGCCAUUGGAGAUGUCCCAUACGCCACAUUUCGCUUCUUGCACCGCCCCGCGAACGUUCUGCAAGCGCAGGGUAUCACUCCCCCUCCCUCUCAGAUGCCUGAGCCUUCGCCAAUCUCGACAUCUCGUAAGUCUACUCGACCUCAUCCCGACGAAGCAGAGAAUGAGAGCAGCAAGCGCAGACGCGUGAGCGAGAAUCCCUCGAGUAGCAGCCGCUCUACCCCACAAGAGAGCAGGACGGAACGCGCGAGACGUCUCAGGACACAAGCAGACAUCCUCGAGCUCGAAGAAGACAUCGAGGAGAAACAGAAGCUUUUGGAUGGUAUGAAAGAGCGUUUCACUCACCUGCCAGCACCAGCGUCCAACGAAAAGGACAUCCAGAACGCCGUGCAAUCAAUCACGACAGAAAGCACAGCGGACCAGAUAAGACGCCUCAGGCUUCAGGCUGACAUCCUUGAACUUGAUGAUGAUGUAAACAAAAAGAGGUCGGCAUUGAUGGAACUGAAGAAGAGGCUGGUGAUCGAUCUCACUGUCGACGACUGA